AUUCCCGUUGUGGAGACUGGGGAGCUCGCCUGCAUUCAGAUGGCUCAGAGGACGCUUUCCCGAUAAGGAAUGUAGGGCAAUUAACAGCAGCAGCCUGGAGGAUACGGGUUAACAAAGAAAAGGAGAAAGGAAGUUCAACUGCUGACACUUAACCCAUAUAACAUACUACUGUGCAUUUAGACCGCUCUGUAGUGUGAUCGUUGCAGUGCCUCUGCAGGCCUCGCUGAAAAUCAUUCCUCUGACAGGGUCCCUGGCCUCCAACAGAACUCCACAAGGUCCUUCCUGUCAGCAUUCCAACACACCACAAGUCAGAUUACAGUACAUGUGUAACCACAUUGAAACAUCAGUUCCAGGUUUCUUUUCACGCAUAAGAGACGAAGCACAAAGCAAAGAGAAAAGACAAAGGAAUCUGACCUCUAAUGAUUUGGAAGAAGGCCACAUGGAGUACACACACCUGCAGUUUUCAGAAAGAGAGAGAGGAAGACGGAGAGGGGAGAGAGAUAACAGCAAAGUGAGGAGAGAGAAAGAGGGAGGAGCAAACAGAGUAAAAAGAAACGGAGGCGGAGGAGGCUCCCACUCAUCAGUAAGUAGCUUUCAGAAGAAGCAGCGAGAGAGGAGCUGAGCAGAUGAAAUCAGCAACAGAAGAAAGUCAAAGAAAAACAAGGCGGUAAAGAAGACCAACAUUUUGUCAGAGACCAGUUGGUGUCCAAACAGAACAGUGUGAGCUGAGGACUGACAUCAUGGCUGACAAUGUGAACGAGGAGUUGGAUUAUAUCCCCGGGAAAGAUGAACUGGACUGGGGCUAUGAGGAAGAUCACGUGCGACUCGCUCUGUUCUUCACUUCGGAUAAAAGCUGACGGGCUCAUUCUGCUGGAGGUUGAAGCAGCGAGCUCCCGACGUUCAUACCUGCAAGGUGUGAAAACAGGAUCAGGUCUGAAAGACUGAGAGGAGAGGAGGCGAGACGCUGAAAGAAAGGACCCGAGGCCACGAAAGGACCGAUUUACACACUCGCAAAACACGUUUCCAAACCUUUAACGCACGGAUCAGUGCGACUCAAAAAGUAUGACUCAAGAUUUUCAGACAUUAAAAACUUUUUGCAUUGUAUUUUGCAUUAGAGAACUGAUUAAGAUAUUCUGAUCUUUUCUUUCUGUGUUUUGAGUUGUGACCCUGAUUUCACCUCAUAAAUAUCCUGCACUAUUAAUUCCUGCUUCUGUUCUGUGGAUGCGUAUCAAACACUCAGCUGUGUGUUUUGAUGUCCUCUCACUGUUACUUCCUUCUUUUGCUGCCUUUACUGAGCAUCGAGAGAGACAAUGGUACUGAACUGUCCUGGUCUUACUGUGUAGAGUGGGGACUCCAUUUCCCAGCAGCCAAUGGGGAGUAUCAGUCUCCCAUCAACUUGAACUCCAGGGAGGCCCAGUAUGACCCGUCCCUCCUGGAUGUCAGCUUGUCACCAAACUACUUGGUGUGCCGUGAGUGUGAGGUCAUCAACGACGGACACACCGUGCGCAUCCUCCUCAAGUCCAAGUCAGUGGUUACCGGGGGUCCGUUGCCUAGCGACCACGAGUAUGAGCUUCACGAAGUUCGAUUCCACUGGGGCAAAGAGAACCAGAGGGGAUCAGAGCACACUGUCAACUUCAAGGCUUUCCCUAUGGAGCUCCAUCUGAUUCACUGGAACAGCACCUUGUUCAACACGCUGGAGGACGCGCUGGCCAAGAAGAACGGCGUCCUCAUCAUCGCUCUCUUUGUGCAGAUCGGGAAGGAGCACCUGGGGCUGAAGGCCGUCACUGAGGUUCUACAGGACCUGCAGUACAAGGGGAAGAGCAAGACGAUCCCGUGCUUCAACCCCAACACUCUGUUACCUGACCCGCUGCUGAGAGACUACUGGGUGUACGAGGGCUCUCUGACCACGCCUCCCUGCAGCGAAAACGUGACCUGGAUCCUCUACCGCUACCCUUUAACCAUCUCACAGCUUCAGGUACAAGAGUGGAGCCCGUUGACAGACGUGUGCUCUAUCGAGGAGUUCCGCAGGCUGCGGUCUCACGUCAAAGGGGCGGAGCUUCCGGAGGGCAACGAUGGGAUGCUGGGGGACAACUUCCGUCCCACGCAGCCACUCAGUGACCGGACGGUUCGCGCCGCCUUCCAGUGACUUCCAGUUGCACUCAGACGAACGAUGGGACCUACAGAUACAAGUACCUGAGAAGAAGAGAGAGAGGAAGUGUGGGGGGCGAGGAACGGAAGUGAAGCUCAAACUCCUGCACCUUCGACGCGUCGGUAGCGCAACAAACGGCCAUGAAUGACACACCUUCACCUCCCCACGUGCUUCUGUUCGUGUGUUGUGUUCAGGUUCCCCACGACGUCCCUGUCUCCCCCGUCCUUACUGCAUAUAUGUACCCAUUCCACAGCCCAUUCUUUUGUUUUGCGCUAACCUGCUAGGUAGGUUAAGCAUGCCUUGAAUCUUACAACACCUGGAGUCAGUUUAAUGUGUGCGAGUCGUGAGAGAACACACCACAUGAAACCUUCACAGCCUGCACAUGAGUAUAAACAGGAGCUCAGGACAGAUGAGUUUGCAUUGAUGAAGAAUUUGGAUUUUCAUCCACUACCAAGAAUUAUUAUUUAUUUUUAAGGAGCUCAAACAUUGCUGAGGUUAUACUGCUGAUACUGAACACUCUUCAAACCUCAUUGGCUUAUGAUGGUCUAUGGUUCACUCAGCUCCAAUUUAUUUUUUUUAGUAUUUCUGACCUGAAUUGGACAAACUCACUCCAACACGUCCUUUCUUGCUAACUCGUCACUUUCACUCACUUUGUUUGUACAUGUAAUGCAAAGACAUGAAAGACCACCAAGAUUUGCACAUUAAGUGUGCAAACGGGGUUGGACUCAAACACUAGCUCAGACGCGUUUUGACAAGUCUCUGUCAUGUGCUGCUCGAUGUGGGAACAACCUUCUUGUGCUAAUUCAAUCGAUAGCAUCCUGUUGUAUCUUCAUUCAAACUAUGUAAACAUCCAAACUCAGCUUAGUGUACUUGCUGCAUAUCACCACUGAUAUUAAUACUAAGUUCAUCAUCAUCAUCAUCAUCAUCAUCAUCAUCAUCAUCAUCAUCAUCAUCAUAUAGUGGGCUAUGGCAGUGUGUGUUUCCUGUGUGUCUGACUAACUGCUGAAAUAAACUGUGACUACCUGUUACUUUAAAACACCAAUAAACUACAGCAAGUGUAACCAUG